AUUCUCAUUAGUUUUUUUUCUUUAAAAGGAAGCUCCAAGACAGCAGAAGUUUUGAACAUGCCUAGCCGUAACAGUCAAGAUAAAAGGCAUGCUGAAAUUGUCUUGCAGAAUUAUUUACAGGCAUUUAAAACACCCAGGGCUUCUACAGAUUAUGUAAACUAGGCACAGCUGGUGCCAAUUCUGAAUUCAGGGGAAAUAAGAAAAUCACACUUAAUCCACUUGCCCUGAAUUAGAAAAUGAGGGAGGAGGAGAGGGGAAAUCUGUUUGGCAAAACCAUGUGCCAAUCAGAGGAACACAGGAGAAAGCCACACUUAUCAGACACUGAAUGAUGCCCUGCAGGUUUUGUGCCAAAAGAAUACUAAGACGAGAGGUGCAUGGGAGGUCCUCCGGAUGAGUCAGGGUGGGACUUCGUCGGACAGGGGCAGAGCCAGGCAGCUCUCCAGCUGCCUCUGUCCUUGGAUUAUGCCAUAUGAAGCAGAGGGAAGCACAAAGAGAAAGAAAAAAGACAACAUGCAACAGGAGAGGAAUCCAGGUAACAGGUGACAGACCGGCUGCACAUGGUGGUGUUGCAGAGGAAUUCCAAGACUUUUUCCUGGGUGGUUGGAGAGCACAACAGAACAGGGGGAUAUGCAAUACCUUUUAUGAUUUUAAAUAUUGAUCAAGGUGAGCAGCACACAUAGUUCAUUACAGGAUGUCUUGUGGUAAUGGCGGAACUGGUGGGCACCCAAUGUAUAACCUUUGCAGUAAAAUUCAACGUUCAGACUCCCAAGUAGGAAACCUGAAUGGACACAGGAAGUCCACAACCUUGCUGGACGUACAAACAAAGUUGAGCAAUAUGCAGUACUCUUCUGUAGAUCCUGAUUUUUUGGUGACAAAUGAAUCAAAAAUGGCAUCAAACUCUGAAGAAGAAAACUCUCAGGAUCCUGUGUUUCAGAUAAAUAGUGAAUCAAUGACAGGAAGUGAGAUACGCCGGGCCUACGCUCCGAAGUGCUUUUAUGGACCAUAUCUAACCAAAACUAGUAUGCAAGGAGAUGUAUAUAACUUUCUGGAACGGCCCAGUGGAUGGAAAUGUUUCAUAUACCACUUUGCAGUAUUUCUGUUGGUGCUCGUUUGUUUAAUUUUUAGUGUUCUGUCCACUAUAGAACAUUAUGCAGAAUUUGCCACCGGGACACUUUUUUGGAUGGAAAUUGUCUUGGUGGUGUUUUUUGGUGCUGAAUAUGUGGUGAGGCUCUGGUCUGCAGGUUGCAGAAGCAAAUAUGUUGGCAUUAAAGGAAGAAUACGUUUUGCUAGGAAGCCUAUAUCAAUAAUAGAUCUCAUUGUUGUCAUAGCUUCAGUUAUUGUUCUAAGUGUAGGAUCAAAUGGACAAGUGUUUGCUACAUCUGCAAUCAGGGGAAUCCGGUUUCUCCAGAUACUUCGCAUGCUUCAUGUAGACCGACAAGGUGGCACCUGGAGACUCUUAGGAUCUGUUGUAUUCAUACAUCGUCAGGAACUUAUAACUACAUUGUAUAUUGGAUUUUUGGGACUGAUCUUCUCAUCAUAUUUUGUAUACCUCGCCGAAAAAGAUGCAGUAGAUGAGGAAGGACAAACAGGGUUCUCCAGCUAUGCUGAUGCCCUUUGGUGGGGUGUGGUGACCGUCACAACUAUUGGGUAUGGUGACAAGGUGCCACAGACGUGGAUUGGCAAAACGAUAGCAUCCUGUUUCUCUGUGUUUGCGAUAUCUUUCUUUGCUCUUCCAGCAGGGAUCCUGGGUUCUGGCUUUGCACUUAAAGUACAACAGAAACAACGUCAAAAACAUUUCAACAGACAAAUACCUGCAGCAGCAUCUCUAAUUCAGACUUUGUGGAGAUGUUAUGCUGCAGAGAAAUCAUACAAUUCCACAGCUACAUGGAAAAUCUAUAUCACAGCUCAAAAUACAAAGAAAACAGCAUCAUCAUCUAGCCCACUUCUUCGAAAACAGAGCAGAAGGUACAAGAGAAAGGGAAAACCAGGGCGUGAUAAUGGUUCUACACCUAUAAUGAAUACUGGAGAGACAGCUUUAUCCAUUCCACAAAUUACUUAUGAGCACAUCGAUGAUCGAGAAGACAAAAAAGAGCUGGGCUUCUAUCUUGAUGAACCUGGAGGUCUUACAAGGAUGUUCAAGCAAACAGGCCGACAGCUUUCUUGGUCAUCUCUAUCUAUCUGUGCUGCAACCUGUCCUGCUUCACCUGCUUCACCAGUAAAAAAACGUUUGGAAGGGAACAGCAAUGAAAUAUCCAGGGCCAACAGUUUCACAGAAGACAUGGAUCUCAUCUCUGAAGAAGCAGCUCUGCCUGCUGUGUCAGAUGUGUCGCAGCUAACAGAAGCCCAUCGAACAGCUGUCAAAGUUGUAAGGAGAAUGCAAUAUUUUGUCGCCCGUAGGAAAUUUCAGCAAGCUCGGAAGCCUUAUGACGUGCGGGAUGUGAUUGAACAAUAUUCUCAAGGGCACCUCAAUAUGAUGGUUCGGAUCAAAGAACUCCAAAGAAGGUUGGAUCAUUCCCUGGGAAAACCUGGUCUCUUUCUUCCAGAAAAGGGGGUAGACAAAGGGUACUAUACUGUUGGAGCCAGACUGAUCCGGCUGGAGGAUAAGGUCACUCAGAUAGACCACAAGCUGAAUGACAUCCUGAAUGCUCUUCAAAUUCAAUUUGACAAGCAAUCAUCAGAAUGGGCAUCUCCUUCAACCACUCCAAGAGCCAGGAGGUUACGAUCUUCAUCAGAUUCUCCCCCAAAGAGCCGUAAAAUGUGAAAACGACUGAACAAUAUUGCAUCAGCUUCUCAUUUUAUCCUACAUAAUUUUAGUUGGUGUUGGGAUCCAAGUUUGCAGCUGAGGAAAGAGACUAAGACAAAGCAAAUCCUCUUCCGCCCGUCCUCUAAAAGUGGAUGCUUUUUUCAUCCAUUCCUUAUUUUUAUCAUCAAAUGUAGCAACAGAACCAGAGAUAAGAAACUAGAGUGGAAGCAGCAGCAAGACUUCCAUCAAACAUAAAGAUUUGUCAACUCAUUAUGUUCAAAUGGAUGGAUGCAGUGCUUGAUUUCUACAAAAAAGAGAUCCCAAAGCUUUGGUCUUGCCUGGAAACACUCAAUAGGGAUACUUUCCUCUUGUUUACCAGCAAUUUGAAAGGACUGUUACCAUUAAUGAAUAAUGGGAAUAUAUUCUGUAUCUUCUCAGCGGCACUUUCAUCUGCUGAUGUUUAUUACAAGGUUGAUCCCUGACACUGAAAAUAGAUGCAAAAUGACAGAAACAAAGCUUGAAGCGCAGAUGUCUUGUCUUCUUUUAGGAUGUUCAUACAAUGGGUACAAUUAUUAAGUAAGGGAGUGUCAUAUAGAAGUAAGAUUUUGCUCAGUUACUAGUCAAUGACAAGUUUUGAUUGUUCAGACUUGGAGAGUUUGGUUGUUGGUUUAUGUAUGUAUUUAUUUAAGUUCGGAAUUCAUACCUAGCAGAGUAGAGACAGCAGAUGUGUGAAUCCCCCUUCACCCAUUGCCGAAACAGUCACUUCACAUACUUUUUAGUUUCAAGUCAGUUUUAUGUCUCAGUGCAAUUAACAUUUACCUUUUUUUCUUGGCCAAUAUAAGAAAUUUGCCUGUUGCCCAAGGAGAAGUAGUGGGCAACAUCCAGAAAUUCACUUUCAAUAUUUGGAUUGGGUAGAUUAUUGACAGUACAGUCACCCUCUGUCCAAAUUAAGCAAAAUGUCCAGAUGUGAUACUUGUUGCAUGGGAGCCGCAGGAGAACGUUUUGCUUAAAUAUGCAAAUAUUCUUUACAUAUUAAACAGAAAUAUGUUGAAAUGGAAAAGAAUGGUAGGUAGUUUGAACAUUUAUGAACCCAUUAGGUAUACUUAUUCUUUCUGAAAUAGUGCUCUUUCAUUCAAAAGAGAGAAGAAAGCUGUGAAAAUCUAUCAUUUUAUUUUUGCUCACAUUUCUGCAUUCUGAUUUUUGGCAUCAUAUAUGAAUUUUUCAAAAUGGAUCCAAACAAUAUCUUUAAAAUAAAGUUUCUGCCCCCAGUGGCACAGCAGGUUAAACUGCUAAGCUGCUGAACUUGCUGACUGAAAGGUCGGCAGUUUGAAUCCGGGGAGCAGGGUGAGCUCCCACUGUUAGCUCCAGCUUCUGCCAACCUAGCAGUUGGAAAACAUGCAAAUGUAAGUAGAUAAAUAGGUACCACUCCGGUGAGAAGGUAACGGCACUCCAUGCAGUCAUGCCAGCUACAUCACCUUGGAGGUGUCUAUGGACAACGCCGGCUCUUUGACUUAUAAAUUGAGAUGAGAACCAACCCCAGCGUCGGACAUGACUAGACUUAAUGUCCUUUUACUUCUGCAAAUGGUUCUAAAUAAAAUCCCUUGGUUUAGUGUAUUAAAUGCAUAUUGAUUUCCAGUUCAAAAGUCAAAAUUAUUCCAUAAUAUAGCAAAUGUAGCACUAUCCAGAUUUGUGCAUUGUGUUCUUUAUUCAGAAGCACUGACAACAAAAGAGAUCCGAGAUGUUGUUUCACAAUCCAUGUAAAACUUGCCCAUUAAGCAAACUGCACUUUCUGUUUCCCAUCUGAAAAUGGUUACAUUUUAAUUCAAAUCUGAGUGGAUGUUAACUGCUAUUGUGUGUGGCAUAUGUUAAAUCACAUUCUCCCUCCAAAUGCUCAAAUGAAGAUUUGAACUGCAUUACCAUGGACAUUGAGCCUCCGAUGGCUCAGUGUGUUAAAGCGCUGAGCUGCUGAACUUGCAGACCGAAAGGUCCCAGGUUCAAACCCGGAGAGCGGAGUGAGCGCCCGCUGUUAACUCCAGCUUCUGCCAACUUAGCAGUUCGAAAACAUGCAAAUGUGAGUAGAUCAGUAGGUACUGCUCCGGUGGGAAUGUAACGGUGUUCCAUGCAGUCAUGCUGGCCACAUGACCUUGGAGGUGUCUACGGACAACGCCGGCUCUUCAGCUUAGAAAUGGAGAUGAGUACCAACCCCCAGAGUCAGGGGAAACCUUUACCUUUACCUUUACCAUGGACAUUUAGCCACAUCAUCCCAAUAAACACAAAACUAGCAUGUAUUUGUUGUUGCACAUUCCAUAGAAAAUUGCCUUGACUGUUACAUUCACAAUUAAAUUAUGCUUUUUUCAUCUAAUCGGCAAUAAUAUUUGCAAUCACUUAAAUGGAAAAAGGGGAUUUUACAUCAUUAAGAAUUCUGGCCAUAGCUCAAAUGAUAUAUUGCGUGUGAUGUCCCAGUUUCAGUUUCCAGCACCUCAAAGUAAAAGAUGCAAGAUCAACAGGGCUGAGCAAGACUUCAGGAACUCCGAAAUCCAAAGCUGUCCACACGGGCAGCUGAAGUAAUGACACCUUUGCUUUCUGAUGGCUCAAUGUAAAUACAAAUUGUAUUUCAUGCACCAAAUUAUUUUAAAUUUACCUCCAGGCUAUGUGUAUAAAGUGUAUAUGAAGUAUGAAUAAAUUUUGUGUUUAGAAAUUUGA